AUUCUCUGGAUUGAACAGAAAAUGGAAACUUUGGGGGUCGUUUAGAAAAAAAGUCUCUGGAGUUUUAUCUGCUGCCUCUCAAACAUGAUGCAGCUGCUGCACGAGUCAAUGCGGUUUAAAGUUUAAAAACCUUUAAAAAUUACAGUCACUGAGAAAAGAACUGAACUAAACCACAGUAACAUUUUUUUUUAGAUGAACUUUUCUGCUGCAGCUUUUGCACUUUUCAACCAUAAACAGACGUGAAGCAAGUCUUUGUUCAAGCUACCGCUGAGGGAUGAGGUGGGGGCUGGUGGUGGCCAGUCUGUGGCUGCUGGUGGUCCUGAACGUCCUGAACGUCCAGGCCGGGGAUCGAAGUCGCAACCAGGACGUUGGGAAUCGACGAGGGAAGAGGAAGAGGGACGGACACGGUCUCGGGAGAACCAGAGCGGGGCGCUCUAGACCUCUGAAGAUCAGACUGGUUCCUGGUCCCGGCAUCCCAGUGGAACCAGUUGAAAACCGAGGAAAUGGUCUGUUUCUACAACCUUUAAAGAACCUCGAAGAACAACACGCCAGCUACAACAUCAUCCCAGGUAAGCAGGGCCAGUGCUCCUACCAGGGUCUGACCAUGUUCAAUCAGGCCGUCUGGUCUCCGAAGCCCUGUGUCACCUGUCUGUGCAGCGCCGGACAGGUGGUCUGUGACGAGCUCACCUGUCCACCUGUCGACUGCCUGUUCCCCUUCACCCCACCCGGCCGGUGCUGCCCCGUCUGCACGGAUCCAGACCCCGACCUCAGCCUUGACCUUUCUGGUGACUCCCCAGUUCCCAGCGACCCCAGCGACCCGGUGAAGCCUCUGACCCACGAGGAGAUCCAGCGGAUCCUCUGGAGGGAGGAGGAGGAGCACCGCGAGGAGGAGGAGCGUCUGAGAAGGAAGGACGAGGCAAGGAAGAAGAGGAGGAAACAGAGGAAGGAGCAGGAGGAGAAGCAGAGGAAGAUGGUGGAGGAGAGGAGGCGGCAGGAAGAGGAGGUGCUGAGGCUGCAGGUGGAGAAAGAGGAGGAGUGGAGGAGGAAGAUGGAGGAGGAGGAGGACAGGAGGAAGAAGGAGGCAGCGGAGAGGGAGGCGAGGGAGAUGGAGAGGAAGCUGGAGGAGGAGAGCAGGAGGCAGGAGGAGCUACUGAGGGAGGAGCUGCUGAAUAUGGACGAGGAGGAGGAGGUGUGGCUGAGAGGAGAUGUUUUCCAGAUGCUCCCAAAGGAACCAGAAGAUCUCCAGCCUGCUCCCAUACCGAAACCUCCGGCUGCAACCGAGCUGGAGGAGGAGCGUGAAGUGGAGGAGGAGCAUGAAGAGGAGCAUGAAGAGGAGCAUGAAGUGGAGCAUGAAGUGGAAAGGGAGCAUGAAGUGGAAAGGGAGCAUGAAGAGGAGAAGGAGCAUGAAGAGGAGCAUGAAGUGGAGAAGGAACAUGAAGUGGAAAGGGAGCAUGAAGAGGAGGCGAACAGAGGAGGCCUCCCUCCAGGUUGCGAUAUCUCCGACGUUACUGUAACUUGUGAAAACGCCAAACUGACCUACUUCCCUCCUCUUACCAUCCCUGAGCUCAAAUCUCUCAGUCUGGAGGGAAACAGUAUCAGCAGCAUCCCAGCCGAGGCCUUUAACGGCAUCCCCAACCUGGAGUGGAUCAACCUGAAGAAGAACAAACUCACCUCUGCCGGCAUCGACGCUAAAGCCUUCAAAGGUCUGAAGAUGCUCAGCCGUCUGUACUUGGAUGGAAACCUUCUAGAGGUCAUCCCUCCAGACCUUCCUCCAACCCUGCAGGAGCUGAAGAUCAACGAAAACCAACUCAGAGAAAUCGACGACAACAGCUUCCAAGAUCUGAGCAGCCUGGUGAUCCUGGAGCUGGAAGGAAAUCUGCUGAGUGAAGGGAACACUGAUCCUCUGGCCUUCAAUCCACUCAUCCAGCUCUCCUACCUCAGACUGGGAAGAAACCACUUCCGGACUGUACCACAGGGUCUGCCCAGGUCACUGCUGGAGCUGUACCUGGAGAACAACCUGAUCGAGGAAAUCUCAGAGACGGUUUUCAAUCAGACCGUCAACCUGAAUCUCGUUUCUCUGAGACACAACAAGCUGGACGAGUCCAGAAUCGCCCCGAUGGCCUGGAUCAACCACCGACAUCUGGAGUCCAUCGACCUUUCACAUAAUGAGCUCUACCUGGUUCCGUCCUACCUGCCCAGAUCUCUGGUCCACCUGGUUCUGGUGGGGAACAACAUAGAGAGAAUACCUGGUUACGUCUUCGCCCACAUGGAUCCUGGUCUGGAGUAUCUCUAUCUGUCCUACAACAAGCUGGACGGGGAGGGAAUCGAACCCGAGUCCUUCUUUGGGUCGUAUGACUCGAUGGUGGAACUUUGUCUGGACAACAACCAGCUGCUGUCGGUGCCGUCGGGCAUCAACGCCAUGACCAACCUACACUUCCUCAGACUCAACAACAACAAGAUCAGGAGUAUCCCCGAGGAAAGUAUCUGUGACCCGAACCACAGCGGAGAUGCCACACUGGUGGCUUUAAGGCUGGAGAACAACUACAUCGACCCCCAGAAGGUCUCGCCGUCGGCCUUCUCCUGCGUCCGAGCCUCGUCCAGCGUCGUCCUAAAACCCCAGAAAAGUGACCGAAUCCUCCACAAAACCAAAAACUGAGAGACACUUGCUUAAACAGGGUUAAGGUUUUGGGUUUUAAUCUGCCAACAGAAGUCAGAAUGAAAGUUCUGCUGGCUGCCUUCCACUGAUGUAUUGGUACAUUCCGUGAAAAACCAACUGGACCUCCUCAGAAUCAAGCGGUUCUUUAUCUACAAUAACUUUAGUAUGUUUAAUGAAGUCAUGCAAAGUUUUAUCUUCAUAACAUGAGUAUUUUCAGAGUGACAGACCCUUGAACUACCUAGAGAUAGGUCCAAAUUUAACUGGAAUUCUCAAGGUGUUCAUUCCUUCAGUGAAUAGAAUCUAAAAUAUGACAUUUUGUGAGAGUUUAAGAAUGCCUUAAUUAGAAAAACAUCCCAUAACAUUGGUACUCAAAGUUGGUUAUAAAAUUGAUUGGGUCAUUUUUGAAUCAUUCUGGAUUUUUUUUCAAAAUAAUUUUGAACAAUUUUUCAUUGAUUGUGGUCUCUUUUGGUAAUUUUGCUUCAUUUUUAACUCCUUUAGGACGGAUUUAGAAUCAUUCUGGACAGUUUUAUGGCAUUUUAGUCAAUUUGAGUCAUUUUUAACCAUUGUUGACUCAAUUUGGACAUUUUUUUGCUAAAUUUCAAAAGGGUUUUAGGUAUUUUGAUGAUUUAAUUGUCAUUUGUGGCAGUUUUUUGUCAUUGUGGGAAGCCCUUGACAAAGUUUGGAUGAGUUGGAGGUAUUUCGGUACAUUUUUGGCUCAUUGUGGACAAACUAAAAAGAAACAUAUCCAGGAUACCAAUGAUUGUUUCUAGGACUCAUAGACAUAAAACUGCUGCAGUUUUACUGUUCAAACUAUGAUGCUCAAAUUUGGUUAAAGGAGCAAUAAAAAACAAACAGAUUUGGUCUUUAGACUAAGAUGGUCGGAUGGUUGUAGAUUGAUUUGGUUGCAAUUGUUAACAGAACUGAAAUUUCCCAUGUCUAUUCCCUGAACUUUUGAAGUUCUGGGGCUCGCAAAUGACAGAAAAAUUCAUUAAAAAGUGAGAAUUACGUACUUCAGGGGCCUGUAACUCCGAAAAUAUUCACAGUAUGAAGGUAAAACCUUACAUGAUUUUCUUAAGUAUGCUAAAGUUGUUGCAGAUGAAAUAAAAUCCGGUGAUUCUGAGGGGGUCAGAUGGGAACUUUUUCCACUUUUGCUUGUUUUAAUGACCCGUAUGUUACUGAAAUAACAUCCAAAAUAAGACACUACUGGAAGAAAGGCUCCGUGUUGACAUCUGAUGUGCAGGUUGAACAUGAAAUAAAGGAAUUUUUCUGUCAAAUCUCA